GUCGAGGAGACGAGUUGCUUUGUUUUAACGGUCAGGGAUGAAUGCAGAGGAAUAAAAGUGAAUGGAAUCUCGUCUAUGCACUUGUUAUUAACACGAAUACUCACUUCUCAUAGUAGUCGGGUUGGAAUCUAUUGUAAACGUGUGAGUAUUGUUCUGGUGGUGAGGCUGGUGUUGAACCGAGAAGUAGGAUCUGUCUGACCGGGUCCUGAUGCUCGGUAUGUCCCGUGUUACAGACCCGUUAAUGAGAACGCGUCAGGAUAGAAUGAAAGAAGUAAACUUAAAGAACAAAGAGAAGGAGCGAAUGAAGGAGCGGGAGAAAGAAGCCAGAGAGAGGGAGGCUCGUCUCAGCAAUGGCCACUUCUUCACCUCGCUCACCGUGUCAGCGACGACCCUCUGCUCAGCCUGCAACAAGAGCAUCACAGCCAAGGAGGCUCUCAGCUGUCCUACCUGCAAUGUCACCAUCCACAACCGCUGCAGAGACACACUGGCCAACUGUGCUAAAAUGAAGCAGAAGCAACAGAAGUUAGCGCUGGUGAGGAACAGUUCAGCUCUACCUAAUGUGGCACUACGCACCAAAACUCCCAUUAUUAAGGAAAGACCGAAUUCGGCCAUCUACCCCUCUGACAGUCUCCGCCAGUCUUUCCUGGGCUCUCGGCGAGGACGUUCCACCCUCUCCCUAAGCAAGAGCGCCUCCAUCAAUAACAUUGCAGGAAAUCUGAACGACGACUCUCCUCUGGGCCUGAGGAGGAUUCUGUCUCAGUCCACAGACUCGCUGAACUUCAGGAACAGGGCCAUGUCCAUGGAGUCUCUGAACGAUGACGGAGAGGUGUAUUAUGCGUCCAUGCUGGAGGAGCUGGAGAGAGAGGGAAAGGACUUCCAGGCAGACUCGUGGAGUUUGGCGGUGGACGCCUCCUACCUGCAGACUCACCGCAAAGACGUCAUCAAGAGGCAAGAUGUUAUCUACGAGCUGAUUCAGACCGAACUUCACCACGUAAGGACGCUGCGCAUCAUGGAGGGUGUCUUCCGACGGGGUAUGCUGGAGGAGGUGAUGCUAGAGCCGGGUGUAGCGCACGCCGUCUUCCCCUGCCUCGACCAACUGGUGUCACUGCACUCGCGAUUCGUCAGUCAGCUGCUGAGCCGCAAGAACCACAGCCUGGCACCGGGUAGCGCCACCAAUUUCACCAUCCACCAGCUUGGAGACCUGCUGGUAGAACAGUUUUCAGGUCAGCACUCUGACGAGAUGCGCAAGUGCUACGCAGAGUUCUGCAGCCGACACCUAAAGGCCGUGAAGCUCUACAAGGAGCUGAUCGCACGCGACAAGAGGUUCCAAAACUUCAUCCGGCGAGUGAGCAGAGGCCCCCUCCUCCGCCGCCACGGAGUCCAGGAAUGUAUCCUACUGGUCACACAGCGCAUUACCAAAUACCCAGUGUUGAUCCAGCGCAUACUGGACAAUACGAAAGGUAGCGAGAUCGAGGCGGAGUCUCUGAGCCAGGCGCUGCUUCUGAUCCGUGAGCUUUUGAGCUCGGUCGACCAGCAGGUUCAGGAGCUGGAGCUCACGCAGAAGCUCCAGGAGAUCCGGUCCCGUCUGGACCCGCGCACCGAGACUGAAGUGAGGGGCGGAGGAGCGUUCCGUGGUGGAGAGCUGCUCCGCAGGAGACUCAUCCAUGAGGGAACGCUGCUCUUGAAAACCGCUCAGGCUUCCAGGCUGAAAGACGUGCAGGUCUUGCUGAUGACGGACAUCCUGGUGUUGUUGCAGGAAAAAGAUCAGAGAUAUUUUUUCCCCUGUCUGGACAAGCCUUCCGUUCUGUCACUGCAAAACCUGAUCGUGAGAGUUAUAGCCAACCAGGAGCGAGGGAUGUUCCUCAUCAGUGACUCCACCCCUCCGGAGAUGUACGAGCUCCACGCUGCCUCCAAAGAGGACAGAAACAACUGGAUGAAAAUCAUUCAGCAGGCAGUGAGCAGAUGUCCAUCCAGGGAAGACUUUCCACUGAUUGAGACAGAGGACAAAGCUCUUCUACGUCGUCUCAGAGCCGACAUUCAGCAGAAGGACCGAGAAGUUUUGGAGCUGCUACAGGAGCGUGUGACUCUGUUCUCAGACCUGGCAGAGGUCACAGGUGGUCAAGAGGUGAUGCUGCCCACCAGCUCCAGAAAUGUGUUCAGAGCAGACACGCCACAUGCGCCCCAGGCUGAGAAAUUACUAAACAAUGCAAUCUGUGAAGUGGAUCGAUUGAGCGAACUGCUUCUGGGUUCCAACUUCGAGCUUCCUCGCUCCUGCACUUCCAACGGUGACCAGAACCACACGGCGGCGCCAGUGAGCAAUGGAGAGACGGUUUCAGUCAACGGAAGUCAUGAUGGGAACGAUACAUCGAGUAAAGACAAAAAUGGUAACCAGCUGCAGGACAGAGCACCCAAUGAGGACGUUUGCCAAAGGCUGGUGAACCUCAGCACACAUCUCCACGCACUACAGGCUGCUGUCAUCAGACAGGACUCCAUCCUAGAGCUGUGCAUGCACGACGGCUCCACCUCCUGCUCGACUCCAUCCACAACCUCCCCGAGUCCCCUAGGUUCGGCUCCCCUCCGCCUGAGCCGCUCCCUCUCACGCGACGCCCUGUUGGAGGGCGUGAUUCCCGGUGUCGGUGCGGAUCAGGCCCUGCUGCAGCGCCACUACUCCAUAAUGCACGAAGAGCUGGUCCGUCUGCGCCCGCUCGAGGCCCGGCUGAGGGAAAGCGAGCGGGCGCGAGCGCAGCUGGAGGCACAGCUGAGAGAGCUGCAGAGCGCACACAGACGAGACAGCACAGACUCCAUCACACUGCAGAGGAGAGGAAGCGACGGCAGUCACGCGUCUCUCGCCCCGCUGGCCUGCCAGGAAGCUGACCAGUUAGACGGCGUUCAGGAGGCAAGUGAGGAGGAGGAUUCUGAAGAGGAGGAAGAGGUUCGAAUUUCCCCUCGGUCAGACAGUCCCAGAGAUCUACAGGACAUCCCAGAAGAGAGCGAGUGUGUGAACGAGGCUCCAGACGGCGACUCCCCGAACAGUUAACGCUGGUGCAGACUCUGGUUUCUGUACACGUCGCUACGUACCGCUUCUGCUCCCCAGCUCUAAAGCUUGUAUGUUAAUGAGAAGCUGUGCUGUACUUACGGACUGAACUACUCAACCGCAUUCGAGAUACCUGAAAAACCUUAAAAACCUUGCUUCAGUUCAAGCAGGGCGGAGAAGAUCCGAAGGACAUUUGAUGUUUGUAUUUGUGGAAUUUAAGCCGUCGAAGCAGUUUGUAAAAUCUCCUAUCAUGAAGCGUCGCCUCCGACCGCCUUUCUUUUUAUAUUUUCCGAUAUUUAGCGCGAACGGCUGACUGAAACGGAAGGAAGAUGAAAUGUUAAAAAUAUAAGAAGGAUGUAAAUAAAUGAGUCAUUUCGGCUGCUCCUGUUAGGGGUCGUCAGAGCGGACGAUACGUCCACGUAUUUCACUUGGUGCGGUUUUUACUCCGGACGCCCUUCCUGAUGCAGCACUAAGGGUGCACUGAUAUGUGCCCCCCAGAACGGCUAGGUCUAUGUAAUGCCAUGCACCUACUGUACUUGUGAGCCCAGCCUGGGAUGCAGUCCUCCAGAACUCGGGCACUGCUGUAUUUAGCGCUGUGGCUCUGCUAUUAAAUAUAAAAGGAUGUAAUAAAUGGAUAUGAAUUCAUGUACUGUAUUUUGAUGUCAGAGCCCAGACUGAGUUUGACAAGGUCGUAAAACACUUGAAACACAAUGACCAUGAAGACAGGGACUUAAUGAAGUACCAGCCACAGAAGAAAAGCCUCUAAUUGCAAGAGAAAAAGACCAAAGUUUUUAGCCAGUGUGUAAUCUAUUACAUGAUAUCUAUAGACUAGAUGAAAUGUGUAGAACUUUGGUAAAUGUUGCAUGAAGGACAUAGGGAAUCGUUCCGUUCCGUCCCCCCCCCCCCCCCCCCCCCCCCCAGACACCGUAUUGGCGUAAUCCAUCUGCUCAGUGUCGUUCUCUUCAUUCUGCCUCACAGUUACAAACUAGACAGACUAGAUUAAAAGGUCAAUAUAGGGUUUUGUUCUGUACUAUGUAUAUUAUGUAUUUGUAUAAAUAUUUGAAGGAUUUGACAAAAAGAAAAAGAAUGCUCUUUUACAUGUACACCUUGUAUCUUUUUUUAACUUUUAUGUUGUAACUUUAUUUUUUUUAUUUUUUUUAAUUAUUACUUGAACGUACCGCUUGUUUUGAUUGUGCUGGUCAAAUAUAGCCAACUGUAGGAAA